UGUUAUUUUGUUAUAACUUACAAGUGUUAACUGUUAACCCGCACAAGCACUGAAAUUAAAUUGUUAUGAAUUUAUUGUACUAUUAAUAAUUAUUAUAAUUUUUACUGCAUAAGGAACCUGUGACCCAAAAUGAGUUCAAAGUACAAAUCGCCACUAAUAAGGUCCAGGAAUACAUCUGUAACUUCAGACAACUCAUCGCCUUUUCCAAAUGUAGAAUCGCCGUCAACCCCAAUUAACAAAACAUUAAAGGAUAACAUUUUGUUGUAUGACAACACUCCUCAACAAUCACCUGUUGAACAGAGUUGGCGAGGACGAGGUUGUAGUUCACCGAGAUUUAAUAGUCCACGAUCCAGAGGGAGAGGAUCACCGUAUCAAUGGACUCCCAACAGGUUUAACAACAGCAGCAGUUCAGAUCAUAACAAUUCGUAUGGUUAUACGCCACGAGAACAAAAUAGUCACUCCUCAUACAGACCACAAUUUAACAAAUAUAAAAAUCAAAAUUCUAACAGUGGUCGAAAUUGGAAUAAUGAUAAAAGUGAUGAGAGCUACUUUCAUCCAUCAAUGUUGGAAGAUCCGUGGGCAUCAUUGCUAAAUAAUACAGAGAGCUAAAGUCUUACAAUAUGAAUAAAUUAUGAGCUGUAUUACUACCAGCGGUUUUAUAUCUUGGUAUUCAUUACAUUUAAGUGUUUAGCUUUAGUUAUAAAAAAUUAAAUAUAUUUAAAUAUAACUAUAUAAAUGACACGUGAUA